CGUCCCACGUUUUCAAAACAUCUCGCCCGUACGAUUGUUCCGAUUUGAAAAAAUCCAUCACAAAACGAUUAAACAGUGCCUCGAUUUCACAAACAAUCGACCGUUAGUGCUCAAAGUCUUUCAUGUAUCAACGCUUGCGGAAGCAACACGUACUUACGAUGUUAUUUAGAUGUGAUAUUACCAGUGUUGCGUAAUUAUAUGGACUGUUAUCAAUCAUGUAUCUCACGCAAAUUACAUGUAUAAUUGUUACAAUGUCGAUAUCAUUUGCCGUGCAAUACCCAACAAAUCCUACAUCAGAGAUGUCGGCGGAUGAAAAGAAUUUGAUAAAAGUUAACAAAACAUUGGAACAAUCUGAUGAAAGUGGCCAUGAAGUAGACACAGAUGGGGAAGAAGUUAAAGACAAGAAAUAUCUAGUAGAUGCUAUGAGAACAAUUCUAGAUCCAAAUGCCGUUAUCCAGAAAAAUGAGGAAGAAGAUAAUUUUAAAUUUCAAAUCGAUGAAUUAGACAAGGAGAAUAUGACGCUCGAUAAUUUUAUGGAGGAAAUGGAUAAAUUGAGCCUUGACGUUUGUAAAACGUCACAGGAAGCGUUAUGGUCAUAUGUUACAGAUAUUACUAAUGAAAGUAAAAAGAAUAAAAUGAUAUUAAUAGCCGCAGAAGAAGACGAAAUAAAGAAACAAUAUUGGAACAUGCUGAAAAAGAAAUAUUUGAACGAUUGGCAAUUACUGAACGACCCGAAAUUGAAGAGGAAGCUUCGAAUUAUCAAAGAGAGGGGGACCAACGUGCAAAUGCCGCAAAGCAAACAAAGAGAGGAAAUAGACACAAUGCAACGGAUUUGGAGUCGAGUAACAGUAUGUGCUUAUAACGCAACUAAUUGUAAUGUAGACGAAUCAAUACGUUCUAUGAGUGAUGUUAUUGCGGUCUUCAAAAGAAAUAAUGACACGAAAGAAUUAUUGUACUAUUGGAAAGCCUUCAGAGAUGGCACUGGAAAACAAAUACGUCCAACUUUUAAUGAUUAUGUUACAAGAAUGAAUAAUGUAGCGCAAUCAGAAAACUUCACUGAUGCUGGCGAUAUGUGGAGAUAUACAUUCGAAGAUGACCAUUUUGAAGAAACGGUUAAUAGACUUUGGUCAGAAAUUAAACCUUUAUACAAAUUAUUACAUACUUAUGUGAGGAUAAAAUUGAAGAAGUAUUUCAAAUCUGAACUCUCUAAAAAGGAAAAGACGAUACCUGCACAUGUACUAGGCAACUUAUGGGCGCAAGAAUGGCAAGCGGUGUACAAUAAAGUUGCAAUCUACCCUGAUAUUCCAAGACCGACGGCAAUAAACAGUAAAAUUCUGCAAGCAAAGGAUCUUUUUGAUGCAGUCGACAGGUUCCAUCAGUCCCUUGGUUUUGAUAGCGCCCGACAAGCGUAUCAAGAUAUACGAGAAACUGCAACUUCAGCUAACUGUCUACCUUCAAGCCACGACAUGUGCGAUGGAGUAAAUUACAAGAUAAAAUGGUGUGGUGAGAACCUCACGGACGUGAGCGUGGGUCUGUCGCGUGCGGCGAGGUUGCUGGGCCACGUUCAGUACUUCAAACAUUACCGUCAGUUGCAGCCACUUUAUAGAGAUGGACCUAACCCAGCGUUCCAUGACGCGAUCUCGGACAUCGUGGCUGUGCAACUGACGUCACCAGCUCACCUGCACACCUUAAACCUGGCGCAGGUCACCACAGGGCCUCAUGCUGAACUCAACCAUCUACUCUGGCUGGCUCUAGAGAAACUACCCUUAGUCGCAUAUGCGUACGUCCUUGAUAGAUGGCGCUGGGACAUAUUCGCGAAUUCAAGUCUUAAGAACUGGAAUCAGCAUUGGUGGGACCUCAGAGUUAACGAGACGGGGAUAUCACCACCUGUGCCGAGGAAUGAGAGCGACCUGGAUCCCGCUGCGAAGUAUCAUGUUGUUUCCCAUGUUCAAUAUAUUACAUAUCUCGUAUCACACGUGUUGGAGUUCCAAAUCCUGUCAUCACUGUGCAAGAAGGCGAACCACACCGGACCUCUACAUAACUGUUCCUUACGCGACGUAAAGGAAGCAGGAAAACUCCUCAGCAAUGGGAUGUCGUUAGGAGCUGGCGUAGAUUGGAGGACUGUAUUAGAAGCUAUAACUGGUGAAACAGACCUAUCUACUGCCGGUUUGUUACAAUAUUUCGCUCCACUCAGCCAAUAUCUGCGCAAAGAAAAUGAAAAACUUGCAAACCUUACUGAAGAUAUGGACAAGAAUCCGCCCAUAAUUAUAGGUGCUAUAAUCAUAUUUGUGAUAUUGACAAUGAUAAUAGCUUAUUGUGUUAAAAAGAAGGAUGCUUAUAGAAAAGUUCUCUCAUGGUGUGGACUUACUAAGAAUGGUUCGUUAGAUAUAGUUACCAACGAAAUGACCCAAACUAAAUCUAAAGAAGAGGAAGGAGUGAAUGAGGACAAUGUUUGAAGUUUAAAUAUUUAUAUGUUAAAUAUUAUGAAAAUAAAAUAGUGAUUAUAGUAAAUGUGAAAAUGUGCCACUAUGUCGAUUAACUGUUAGUAUUAAGUGUU